UUCACAGAGGUUUAAGAAUCACCCAAAAGCAAAGGAAUAAACUAGAAAAUAAGGACCCAAGAGGUACGAUAUCCCAGGCCCAGGGAACGAGGUCUUCAGUUCUCCCGCAGCCUCGAGGGACGCAGGACACGACCAUGGUGGACUACAGCAAGUGGAAGGAUAUUGAGAUUUCUGAUGAUGAGGAUGACACUCACCCUAACAUUGACACCCCAUCGCUUUUCCGUUGGCGUCACCAAGCCAGACUUGAACGGAUGGCUGAAAAGGAAAAAGAGAAGGAAAGAUUAUUAAAAGAAAAGGAUGAAUAUGAGAAAAGAGUUGAAAAUUUAAAGAAGAAGCUACAGACCUCUGAUGGACCUGCAGAAUCUACAGAUAUGACACAAUUAAAGGAAGCAUUGAAAGAGUUGGAGAAGAAGGGACAACAGCUGAUAGAACACGAAAAAGAAUUAGAAAAGAAGGAUAGGCUUGAACCUUGGAAUGUGGACACAAUUAGCAAAGAAGGUUUCACAAAAACUCUCAUCAACAAAGACAUGGGGCGAAAAGAUGAAAGUCUGAGCGAGGAGGAAAAAGAGAAAAGAAUGAAAGAAUUUGUCAAGAAGAAUGAAGUCGAGAUAAAGAAGUAUGGCAUGUUCAGAAACUACGAUGAUUCUCGAAGAUAUCUAAUGGAACAUCCACAUCUAGCAUGUGAAGACACUGCAAAUUACUUGGUGGUUUGGUGCAUUAACUUGCAGAUGGAAGAGAAAACUGAACUCAUGGCACAUAUAGCACAUCAGACUAUUUGUAUGCAGUUUAUUUUAGAGUUGGCCAAACAACUUGAGAGGGAUCCACGAUCAUGUAUCUCUGCCUUCUUCCAUAGAAUCCAGCAGGCAGAACCUGAAUAUAAGAAGGCUUUCCAAGAUGAGCUUGAUGGCUUUAAGGAUCGUGUAACAAAGCGUGCCAAGCAAAAGAUGGAGGAAUUGAUUAAAGAAGCAGAAGAGGAAGAGCGACAAGAAAGACUUGGACCAGGAGGACUUGACCCCAUUGAAGUGAUGGAGUCUCUCCCAGAGGAAUUACAGAAAUGCUUUGAGAGUCAGGAUAUUGAGCUGCUUCAGAAGACUAUAGAGAAAAUGAACCCAGAGGAUGCUGCCUAUCACAUGAAGCGGUGUGUUGACUCGGGUCUAUGGGUUCCUGAUGCCAAGGCUGCAAAGUAGAACGGUGAAGCAAUCAGCAUAUGUUGGUGAAGAAGAAUGUUAUUUCAUUCUUUUAUUCCAGUAUAUUGAUAAUUUUGUUCCCAAGUUCAGCAGAACAGAGAUGGAUUGAUGUUCUUAAUUGUAAUUGUUAUUUCAUAGCUCUUUGUUUUCCUAGUCACCGUGUAUUGUUUUAAUGUGUCAGAUCUUGACCUGUUAGAAAGAAAAUCAAGUGGGAGAUGUACUAGAUGCAAUUCAAUAACAUAAAAAGUUACCAACAAAAGUUACUAUUUUCACAGGGUCAAAAUCAAGCAUUUUAUGAAGAAUAUAGCACAAGGAAAUAUUGAUCUAAAUGUUUCAUCACUAGCAUAUGUUGGUCUGUAUUGGUCAGCAGCAUUAAAACACUUUGCCACUAUUCUCUAGCUUAGACAAUUUAGAUAAAAAAAAACAACUGAAACUGGACUUCAAAGAUAUGGAUUUCAAUUCUUACACUUCAUCUGUAUGACACUAACAUUGCGAUCCCUUUUAUUGUAGAAAUAAAGCUUUACUUGCUAUUAGUUAAUAGUGGUAUUACAGUUAAAGAAAAUGUUUAUUUGUUUAUUUUAUAUAGUUUUAAAAAAAUUCUUGGUGGAUCAUUUUAUUUCCCAGACAUUGCACUGUAAAUGAUGUAUAGAAUGUCCUAAAUUAUAAUUUUAGGACUUCAUAAUGUAAUCAGUUUGAAUGAAUAAUCAUUAAUGUUAUGUAAAUGAAAAAUAAAAGUAAUUAAUUUUA